AUGGAAUUGUUCUGCAGUGUCUCGUAUUUCCUGAUGUCACUGUAUAAACAUACAGAAAGAUUCAAACUGUUUGCCGGAGCUACUUCUACUUUUCGCGAGAGCCGUCUGCUCGCCAAUAGCAUGCUGAAGUCCCGCAAAAAGGACAAAGACGGCAAGACCGAUAAAGAGGAAAAGAAACAGGAAAAAGUACAAAAGGAAAGUAAAGAAGAGAAUAACAGAAAAGAAGAGAAGCAAGCGAGUACUAACAAUCAUAUGAAUGGAAUGGCAACAACAGCACCAGCAUCCAAUCCCCAAAUUAAAACGGUGGAUGUUCCUGAUGAAGUAAUUCCCGUUGAUGCUCCACCUCCAACAUCGCUCAAGAAGCAGGCACUUGUGGGUGGUCCGGCAUUAACGAGACGGGAUCGAAGACAAAGUAGUUCCUUAUUUUUAGUAUCCACUAAUCGAGAACUUGUGAAAUUACCGAAUAUAAAAGAUGCCGAACCUGCUGCGCGAGAGGAAUUAUUUAUUCAGAAACUGCGUCAAUGUUCGGUUGUCUUCGAUUUUGCUGUUGACCCAUUGUCGGACUUGAAAUAUAAAGAAGUGAAGCGAACGACAUUAAAUGAACUGACGGAUUAUAUACUUAGUUGUGAAAAUGUUAUCACAGAAGCGAUAUAUCCAGAAGUUAUUAGCAUGCUUAGCUGUAAUCUUUUCCGCGUGUUGUCUCCACCAUCAAAUCCAACAGGUGCCGAAUUCGAUCCAGAUGAAGAUGAACCCACAUUAGAAGCUGCUUGGCCUCAUUUACAGCUUAUCGAACUUUCCGACAGUGAAGAUCCAAGGGAGCGUGAUUUUCUAAAGACUACACUUCAUCGAAUCUAUGGCAAAUUUCUGGGUCUUAGGGCUUACAUGAGAAAACAUAUAAAUAAUAUAUUCUAUACAUUCAUUUAUGAAACCGAACGACAUAAUGGUAUUGCCGAGCUUUUGGAAAUACUUGGCAGUAUCAUCAAUGGAUUUGCAUUACCGCUUAAAGAGGAACAUAAAACAUUUCUUCUUCGUGUUCUUAUUCCUCUCCACAAAGUGAAAUCGCUGUCUGUAUAUCACCCACAGUUGGCAUAUUGUGUGGUUCAAUUCCUGGAAAAAGAUCCUACUCUUACUGAACCAGUUAUCUUAUCUCUGCUCAAAUUUUGGCCCAAGGUUCAUAGUCCAAAAGAGGUGAUGUUUUUAAAUGAAUUCGAAGAAAUCUUAGAUGUGAUUGAGCCAGCUGAAUUUCAAAAGGUGAUGAUACCGCUUUUCCAGCAACUGGCAAGAUGUGUUUCUUCACCACAUUUCCAGGUAGCCGAAAGAGCGCUUUAUUACUGGAACAACGAAUAUAUCAUGUCAUUAAUCAGUGACAAUGCUGUUGUAAUCUUGCCCAUCAUGUUUCCGGCACUCUAUCGAAAUUCAAAAAACCAUUGGAAUAAUUCACUAGCAUUGCUUUCGAUUAAUGAAAAUGCGGGGAUGGAACCAGUGGAUCCAACUAAAAUCAAGCAACAAGCAGCACGAUAUGCGGUGGACUAUGUCCAAGAACGACCAUUAGUACGUCGAAAGAGCGAACUACCACAUAAUCCAAAUAUUGACCGAGCUUUGGAUGAACAUCGACGACAUGAACCUUAUUUGUCUACCGUACCGCAUGAAUAG